CAAUACAUUUUCCCUGCACAUUUAAUAGAAUAUGGCAUCAGAUGGUUGUGACCCUCCUAUUCCACCUUCAGCAAAAUCAGAUAAGGAGAAGGGCAAGAAGAAAUCUUAUAUGGUCAAGUUGUUAAACCGUUUCAAUAACGUAAAUGCUUCAAGUAGUCAGCCAUCUACACCUACCUCUACCUCCACUGCUAGAUUUGUUCCACCACCAUUACAAGUUCCUGGUUUGACACCUCCUCCACCAUCAAUUCCACCUUCGUUGGAAGUUCCUCCUUUCACACCUAGUUCACAACAAUUUGCUGCUGAUCAAUGGAGAUCACCCUCCCCCCAUGUUGGUUCUAACCCAACAACUCCCACAAAUAUGCCAUCACCAUCUCCUAUAGGGGAUAACCCUCCACGUUCAAGUUCAGCAGCCAAUGACUUUGAAGAUGUUUCCAACAAUCGUCCAAUCAUUACACCUAUUGGAGGAGGGUAAGAAAACAUCAAUUUAAUGUUCCAAGCAUAUACUGUA